AUGCCGAAAACUAAUGCCGAAAUGUGUCGUCAAUAUCGACGAAAAAAAAAUAAAAAUAAGUUUAAAAUAAAAAAAAAACCAGGAAAAAGUUCAACAGAACGCAGUUGCGAGUUUCGUGCACGUAAAAAACAAUUAUUGAACAAUCAAAAUAGAUGUCCACAUACAAGUGUUAAUGUGACUGAUGCAAUAAAUGACGUCUCUCAGCAACAAAAUAGUGUCCCAACGGGAUAUAAUUUUGUAAAUAAUGAUUUAGAUGUACAGCCAGAAAUUCCAUACUCACGGUUUCGCCGAGAUAAGUUUGCUCAUGAAGAAUUUAAACACAAGUGUUUAAACAAUAUGUUUGGUCAUAAGUGCUCCGUUUGUGAUCGAUUGUGGUUUUAGAAAGAUUUAAAAUCACCACGUGUUGAAGAUGAACAAUUAUUAAGUGUAAUGGUUGAAAAUUAUAAUACAG